ACCCUGCCCCGUCCCUCAUGGACACGGACAUCUUGGAGGCUCUGGACGACCUGGGUUACAAAGGUCCAUUGUUAGAAGAUGGAGCUCUGUCUCAGGCUGUCGCUGGUGGAGCCAGUUCGCCUGAAUUUACCAAACUCUGUGCUUGGCUGGUAUCGGAGUUAAGACUGUUCUGUAAAUUGGAAGAAAAUGUGCAAGCAACUAACAGCCCAAAUGAAGCUGAAGAGUUCCAGCUUGAAGUGAGCGGGCUUCUAGGAGAAAUGAACUGUCCAUAUGUUUCACUAACAUCUGGGGAUGUGACAAAGCGCCUUCUCAUCCAGAAGAACUGCCUCCUCCUGCUCACAUACCUCAUCUCUGAACUAGAAGCUGCCAGGAUGCUGUGUGUGAAUGCCCCUCCAAAAAAAGCACAAGAAGGAGGAGGUAGCGAGGUCUUUCAAGAAUUGAAAGGCAUAUGUAUUGCUCUAGGAAUGUCCAAACCUCCAGCUAGCAUAACUAUGUUCCAGUUCUUCAGUGGUAUUGAAAAAAAAUUGAAAGAAACAUUAGCGAAAGUUCCACCUAAUCAUGUAGGAAAGCCCUUACUGAAGAAACCAAUGGGACCAGCUCACUGGGAGAAAAUAGAAGCGAUUAAUCAAGCCAUAGCCAAUGAAUACGAGGUACGGAGGAAGCUGUUAGUGAAACGUUUGGAUGUCACCGUGCAGUCAUUUGGUUGGUCAGACCGAGCCAAGAGCCAAACGGAAAAGUUAGCAAAAGUCUACCAGCCGAAACGCUCCCUCUUAUCUACGAAGAGUACGAUUUCUGUUGCUCACCUUUUGGCAGCUCGACUGGAUUUGUCAAAGAUUUUACGGACAAGCAGCGGAUCCAUCAGAGAAAAGACUGCCUGUGCCAUCAACAAGGUAUUGAUGGGCCGGGUACCCGACCGAGGGGGAAGACCCAACGAAAUCGAGCCUCCCCCUCCGGAGAUGCCCCCGUGGCAGAAAAGGCAAGAUGGUCCUCAGCAGCCGACUGGAGGCCGAGGAGGAGGAGGAGGAGGAGGAGGAGGAAGAGGGGGUUACGAACAGUCAUAUGGAGGUCGAGGAGGCCACGAUCAAGGAGGAAGAGGCGGACGUGGUGGCUAUGAUCACGGAGGACGAGGAGGAGGAAGAGGAAAUAAACACCAAGGAGGCUGGACAGAUGGAGGCAGUGGAGGAGGAGGAGGUGGCUAUCAAGACGGUGGUUAUCGCGAUUCAGGCUUCCAAACUGGCGGCUACCAUGGGGGCGGUGGUGGCUACCAAGGUGGUGGUUACGGUGGUUACCAGUCGUCUUCGUAUGCAGGAGGUGGAUACCAGGGUGGCGGUUACCAACAGGACAACAGGUACCAAGAUGGCGGGCACCACGGUGACCGAGGGGGGCGGGGAGGAGGGCGAGGUGGCCGCGGAGGAGGCCGAGGCGGCGGCCGCGGAGGCCAAGGAGGAGGCUGGGGAGGGAGGGGGGGCCAGAACUAUAAUCAGGGCGGCCAGUUUGAGCAGCAUUUCCAGCACGGAGGCUACCAGUAUAACCAUUCUGGGUUUGGACAGGGAAGGCACUAUACCAGUUGAGGCGCCUAAAGCUUCCGUUUCAGCAGAGCUCAGAUAAUAGGAACCUACCUUCAGAGAGCUGGCAGAAAUCUUUCUGACUCACUUUAGGUGUUACCUUUAGAAACCGCACAGGGCAGACGGACUCCUUCGUGGCCAACAGUCCUAGUUAGGUUGGUGUGCAAUUCUCGUGUUGUGGGUGGUUUAAUUUUAAUGGGCUUAAUUCAUGAUGUUUAUCUUUAAAAAGUGUAUUAUAUUAAUACUUCCCACCGAUAUUCACACAAAAAGAGUCCCUAAAUCCAGUCGCUACGUUUGUGUGACCAUUAGACUAAUUACGCAGUCAGGACAUUUCUGAUGUUUUUUGGGGGAAAAAAAUGGCUUGAACUGUGAUAGCCUUAGGUAACAGUUUGGAGAUUCUCUUAACCAUCCUGGUUCACAUCUUUGAGGUACAGUUUCUGCUCUUUGUUAGCUUGUACUUUUAUUCAGACGAAGGUCAAACGCACUUCUUGGUAGCACGGGUUGGUGUUCUGUUAUACGAGCUCUUCUGUAGACGUCACGUUUGGUAGCCUUAUCCUCUGCUAACGGAAAACUGUAUCAUAACGCUCAACUCCGAAAACCUCGAACACCGCCAAAAUCUGUAAAGAUCAUUUAAAACAAGCUAAGUUGUGAACUUACAGUGUGUGUAGGCAUCUAGUUAAAAGUACAGCGAUUCCAGACUAGCCUGCAUCCAUCCGAAACUAGUUAUUCCUCCUACGGCAACUUAUUUUUACUUGAAUUCAGCUAGAACGAAACGGCAAACAGAAAUGUGUUUAAAUUGCACACGUUAAUACCCCUGGCUCGGCUAAUACAAGUUGGUUUGUUUGGGGACGGGGCGGGGGGAUGUUGUUUAGGGUUUUGUUUUUUUUUUUUAAACUGAAGAAAUGCACUACCAUGUAGGAUGAUGUUUUGGGGGGGUGGAGGAGGCGGCCCUUUAUUACUGCUGCAGAAAAAACAAAAGCCUGGCUGAGUUUGAUGUUUUACCUUUACUUUCCUGAAAUCCACCUGAUGCUUCUUGCUGGGUUUUUGUGUACAUAAACAUUGUCAAGCUGUGAAAGAAAAUGCCUGAAGGUGCGCUUUGUAUGAAAGGUGAGCAAUAAAGUAUAUGUACGUUCUCUCUC